UACUUCAAACAUGGCAGCGCAGACGUAUUAGAAGGCGACGCAUUACGAAAGCCGUGCGUCUUGUUGUUUCGGUAAUUUGAAACGGAAAACUACCUUUCCAGAGUGCAGAAAUGUGCGGUUAACGUUCGCUACGGUCGGUUUUUGCGAAUGGAGGUGUCGGAAGCGCCGAAAAUGGUGUGUGAACUGAUGUAAUUGUGAAAAUUUGCCAGUGCUUUUCUCCUGUGACUUAAAAAUGCGAUACCAAAAAAGUUGAGCAUAUACUAAUAUACAGCGGCACAGUUCGUUCGCUUGUGUGUUUGGGAUAGUGGCUGUGAUUUGUGCUGUAUACAGUGGGUAGGGAGGAAGAAAACUAAGCGUAAUAACAUCGAAUUGUGUGUAAAAAAAAGGAAUAAAAAAAAAGUGAAACGGGACCGGAAAACCGAACAAACUUUGGUUUCCGCUUGUGACAUAAUACCCGAGAAUGGAUUAUCCUUAACAAAUGAAGAAGGAGGCGAGAAGUGAUUUGUGUGUGUGUCUGUUGGUAUUAGAUUUGUGUGCCCAUGUGUGUUAGUGAUAAUUAGAAUUUCAAACCAAGAGUGAGAGGAACAAAAAAAACACGCAAAGUCGGAAGAGAUGACAACGAGGAAAAAGAAACGCCAACCGGAGGGAGGAGGAUUUCUCAAGAAGGUUUCGUCGCUGUUUAAUUUGGAUACGGUCAACACAUCCAAUUCGAGCGACGCGAAACAGCUCAAUGGCGAUGCCGUUUGGGAGUACGAGGAUAUUGCCCUGGUGCGUGGUUCCACUGGAUUGGGCUUUUCGAUAGCGGGCGGAACAGACAAUCCACACAUUAAUCUGGAUGCGUCGAUUUAUAUCACCAAAGUGAUUCCCGGUGGGGCUGCGUAUGCCGAUGGCCGACUACAGGUUAAUGAUUGCAUCGUUUCCGUCAACGAAAUGUCGGUAGUUAAUGUGAGCCACGGCGAGGCGGUGGAUGCGCUGAAAAAAGCUGGUGAUCGAGUAACGCUGCACAUACGAAGGAAACGACCACCGGCGCAAGCUCCCAAGCAGGAGGAAAUCGAUCUGGUGAAGGGUAACAAGGGGCUUGGCUUCUCGAUUGCCGGAGGUAUCGGCAAUCAACACAUCCCAGGUGACAAUGGGAUCUACGUGACAAAAAUCAUGGAUGGCGGCGCGGCACACGUUGAUGGACGGCUGGCCGUCGGCGAUAAGCUGAUAGCCGUGAGAACCAGUGACGGAGAGCGGAAUCUCGAGAACGUGGUGCACGAGGAAGCUGUUGCCACCCUGAAAGCAAUUACCAACAGAGCGACACUUAUUGUGCAGAAAACCAACAUCCUCCAGGCGCUGGCCAAUUCCAUCGGGAACUUGAAUUCGUUGUCCACGAAUGCGAUGAAUCAGGUCGGACAGACUGUCGUGGAUCAUGCCGUUGCCAGUGAACUGCGAGCGCACUCGCCGAUGCUGGAUAACUCGUCGUCGCGGUAUGCUUCAUCGAAUCUGCUGGAGUCGGGUUUGCCAGCCGGAACGCCGCGCGCCGUGAGCCAUGAGGAUAUUUCAAGGGAACCUCGAACAAUUGUCAUUCAGAAGGGUCCCUCCGGGUUAGGCUUCAACAUCGUGGGUGGCGAAGAUGGUCAGGGUAUCUUUGUGUCGUACGUGUUGCACGGUGGAGCGGCUGACGUAGGCGGUGAACUCAAACGAGGAGAUCAGUUGUUGAGUGUGAAUGGAGUCAGUCUGUCGGGUGCUUCCCACGAGGAUGCAGCGCAAGCGCUUAAGAACGCCGGUGGUACGGUUACACUGGUCGCACAGUAUCGCCCGGAGGAUUACAAUCGUUUCGAGCAGCGAAUACAAGAGUUGAAGCAGCAGGUUGUGGCCGGUACUGGAACUUUGCUGCGUACAUCCCAGAAGAGGACACUCUUCGUGAGAACAUUAUUCGAUUACGAUCCAAACCGCGACGAUGGUCUGCCGGGCCGUGGAUUACCAUUCAGGCAUGGGGAUAUAUUGCAUGUAACGAACGCCUCGGAUGACGAGUGGUGGCAGGCAAGGCGUGUGAUCGGAGAUGAUGAAGAGGAGAGCAUCGGAAUUGUCCCUUCGAAGCGACGAUGGGAGAGGAAGCAGAGGGCGCGUGAUCGAAGUGUUAAAUUCCAGGGACAUGCCGGCGGAAACAUGGAAAAGGUUUCGACGCUUGACCGCAAGAAAAAGAACUUCUCGUUCUCCAGACGGUUUCCGUUCAUGAAGAGUAAGGACGACAAAAACGAGGAUGGUUCGGACCAGGAGCCGAAUGGCAAUGUGUGUGAUCAGAACAAUCAUGAUUCAGAGCAACCUUUCAUGCUUUGCUACACACAAGACGAUGCAAAUGCCGAAGGGGAAAUAAUCUACCGCGUGGAGUUACCCGACAUGGAGCAGAUAACUCUAAUUUACCUGGAGAAUAAUGAUGCUGAUUCUGAGGAAAAUAUCCUCUCUUACGAGUCUGUCCAGCGCUUGCAGAUCAGCUACACCCGACCGGUGAUCAUUUUGGGCCCCCUGAAGGAUCGCAUUAACGAUGACCUCAUCUCGGAGUAUCCCAAUAAGUUUGGUUCGUGCGUACCUCACACAACACGACCGAAGCGCGACUACGAAGUGGACGGUCGCGAUUACCACUUUGUGGCUUCGCGGGAGCAAAUGGAGAAGGACAUCCAGAACCAUCUGUUCAUCGAGGCGGGGCAGUACAAUGACAACUUGUACGGAACAUCGGUCGCUUCGGUGCGUGAGGUGGCCGAGAAGGGCAAACACUGCAUCCUGGAUGUGUCGGGCAAUGCGAUCAAGCGGUUGCAGGUAGCGCAGCUCUACCCGAUUGCAAUCUUCAUCAAGCCAAAGUCGGUGGAGUCGGUUAUGGAAAUGAACAGACGGAUGACUGAGGAGCAGGCCAAGAAGACUUACGAACGGGCACUCAAGAUGGAGCACGAGUUUGGCGAAUACUUCACAGCAAUCGUACAAGGCGACACGAUCGAGGAGAUCUACAGCAAGGUGAAGAAUCUAAUCUGGUCCCAAAGUGGACCAACGAUUUGGGUGCCAUCGAAGGAAUCUCUAUGACCUCAGGCAAACAUAACGUGGACGCUGCCACCAAAUAUGCGCGCUAGACCCGUCUCGAGAUCCGGAUAUCAUCAUUGACGGUAGCCAAGGCCACCGCUGGGCGUUGAUCACGAAUAAACUCUCUCUCUCUCCCUCUCUCAGUGGGAGCGAGCGAAAGAACAUGAAACGGAAUCUGACAUACAUACAUACAUACAUACAUACAAUACAGAAGACACACAAACAAGCAAAAACGAUUAACGAUUCGAAUGUGCGCCAAAUGUGCGCGUAAAGUAAUUGAAAAAAGUAAAUUGAAAGCAAUUUCGCGCUGCUAGAAAGAAGUCGGGAUGAAGAGAAACACAUACAGAGCGAAACCGUGUUGUUGUUUAUUAUUAUUUUUAAAUUAUAUAUUGAUGCGAGCGUUCGAGAGAAAGGUGAGUAGAAUUUUUAAGAGAAAAUUGCAUUAAAUAUGGGACAUUUAUUUAAAUUAUUUUGUUCGAGAAUAAUAAACUUAUUAAUUAUUGAUGAAUGUUUAUUAAAUCAAUAUAUUUAUAUAAAAGAAUUACAUAUAUAAACUAAAUAUAUAACUAAAGGAAGAGCGAAUUAUUGGAAACUUGCAUAGAAAUAGUCUGAAUUUAGUCACAUAAAAAGUUCGUGCAUUAUUUUUGUCCAUUCGGAGUCCAAAUAUUUGUUCGAGACAUCCGAUGAAAGUAUGCUUCAAAACAAAACACCGCAUAAAGUUGGAUGAUGAUGACGAUGAUAAACUCACAUUUUCUGCUACGAUCGUCAAAUGAAAUGCGCUGGGCAGAAUCACAUUAAAUUUCGUCGCACUGAGAAGGAGCGAAAACCAAGUGCGUUGUAAUCGGCCCAAUCCUCAUUCGUAGUUGGUCUAAUUUUCGGACAAUCAUCGACGUAUUUUUCCUCUUUCAAUAGAUAUUCGUGAGAUAAGCAGUUAGACUAAAGACGCGCUUCUGAUAUGUAGAACAUAACUAUCAAAGCACGAAAUUUCUUUUCGAAUGUAUGAUUUAACUUUUGCUUACCCAUUAACAAAUUGACACUUUGGAAAGAAAAUGUACAACAUUUUGUUGGUUUUAGUACCAUAAAUAGAGCGAGAGUGUCAGAAAAUUUCACCCGCUUACCUCCAUUGGUAGUAUGUAACCGAAACCCUCCCUCCCAAUCGUCAGCAGCACGACAACGAACCUAACCUAGCGAGAACAGAAUCGGCAAUAGCUUUAAUGAUAUUAAAAAUCGUGCCAAAAUUAUACCACUCGUGCUUGCCUCUAAACCGCCCCUCCCCUCCGAAAAUCAUCGAAUCCGUUCAAUCGAUUUCCACAAACCAUCAAAAGAGUAACCAACGGUUAUGUUCCCAUAUUCGAAUAAACAAAAGCAACAAAUGUAGGGUAUAGUAUAGAAACAAAAGUAGUGCAACACGACAAAUAUUGGUUCCAAGUACCCUCCUCCCCUCUCUCUCUCAUUGUCUAGCAACAAACAAAGAAUGACAAAACAAGACAAAAACAUACAAAAAUAAGCUGCUUCUCGAUCGUCGCCACGGCCGACCCUAGCUAGUAGUGGCAACAUUUGAUAGCGACAAAAAGAAAAAAUAAACAGUUAUUAACUAACGUGAAGUUUCUACCCCCUUCUCUUAUCUCAUUGAAGGUCUUAACACAAACUAAAUAAGACAAGCAAGAAAAGAAAAGAACAACAACUAACUAGUUCGUCAGAAACGUAUAUAAUUGAAUUAGAAAGCUGCCUUAAAAAUCCCAUGUUUUAUAAAGGAAAACAGUUAUUAAAGCAAAGUAAUUUAAUUUAUAUUAGUGCAAAGCAAGUAAAGAAGCAGAUGGUGAAGCAUUAAAACAAAACCGAAAAGCGAUAACUAUGUGUAUAUAUGAUGAAAAAAAAGAAAACAAUGCAGAAUAAGUUGAUUAUCGAUAGCAGAAAGAAAAAAAAAAAAAUUAUAACAAAGACCUUCACACGAUUAAGAAUGAUUAUGAAGAAAAAACUUGUUAUUGGACGACAUGUUCGGAUCUAGCGGAAAAGGGAAAAAAUUAUGCACUUCCUCGUCACCCAUAAAAACACACUCACAAAGACACACACAUACAUUGAGACACCUAGUGGUGGUGGAAACAAGUGAGGAAAGAAAAUUGUUUAACUCUAGUAAUUGCAAUAAACGACAUUAUCCAAAAACACGUAA